GUUCAACAAUCACGAUGCUGCUACAAGUACUAGGAAGCUCCAUCUUGGGAGCCAUACUGGUGACGCAAAUACGGGGAUCAGAGAAAUGUAGCAGCUUCCUAUCUUGUUACGUCCUGCCCGCAAUCGCAAUCGCGACGGUCCACUGCCUGUGCCUGGCGUUCUACCACAUCAUUCUGUAUCCGUUUUAUCUCAGUCCGUUGCGCCACCUGCCUCACCCGAAGCAAAGGCCCCUUCAUCAACGAUUCCUAUCAGAACCUGGGUACCGCAGACUCGUUAGUUGGACCAAUGACGUGCCCAAUGACGGCCUGAUUCGCUACUACGGCCUCCUGAAUGCGGAGAGAGUGCUCGUGACGAACCCUCAGGGAUGCAAAGAUGUGCUGCAGACGCAAGCAUACAACUACAUCAAGCUGCCGUGGGCACUGGAGGUCAUGGGCCAGAUUGCGCCGCAGGGCAUCCUCGUAUCGCCGCCCAAGAAGCACAGGAUGGACAAGAAGAUCAUGCAGCCCGCCUUCAAAUUCAAAUACGUCAAGGAUCUGUCACCCAUCUUUUGGGCUGAGGGUGCCAAGUUCCUGACGGCAAUCGAGAAGCAGCUCGACGAAACCAAGGAGAGCAUUGUAGACAUUGGAUCCAGGCUGCACCACGUCACACUGGACGUCAUCUGCUUGACGGCAUUUGGGGCUUCGAUACACGCCGUCGAGAAUCCCCAGUCAGCCCAGGUCAAAAAGUUCCGCAACCUCUUCGCAACCAAGACCAGCCAUCUGAUGUACCGGUUCACCGCGUUCAUUCUGCCACUUUGGCUGUAUAGACGGCUGCCAGUCAAGGCGCGGAACGAGAUCAUGGACGCACGAAAGACCAUCUCCGAGUUCGUCAGGCCGCUGGUCCAAGAGCGGCGCAGGAAUAAAGACGGGCCCGAGGCCGUCAAGUAUGGCCAGGGCGACGUCAUCGCCACCCUCUUGCAGUCCGGGGCAGACUUCAGCGACGAAUACCUGAUUGACCAGUCCAUCCACUUCAUGCUGGCUGGUCAAGAGACGACGGCGACCGCCACGGCUUUCACGCUUUACUCGCUCUCGGAGCACUCACCCGAGUGGCAGACGAAGCUGCGCGACGAGAUCCGCGCCAACCUUCCAUCGCCAUCCUCCAACACGCCCGUCGACGCCACCCAGCUGGAGAGUCUGCCAUACCUCGUGGCUGUGUGCAACGAGGUGCUCCGACUGUACUCGCCCGUGGUCUACUGUCAUCGCCAGACCAUCACGCACUCGGCAACGGUGCUGGGCACGCCCAUCCCCAUGGACACGGUCAUCGUGGUCGCGCCAGGGCUGAUCCAUGAGUCCAAACACGUCUGGGGUCCCCGCGCCAGCGAGUUCGUCCCUGAGCGGUGGUUGACCCAGGACAGCAACGGCGAGACCCGGGUCGAUCCCCUGGGGGGUACCAACGACGUAUACGCCGUCAUGCCCUUCACGUACGGUCCCCGCGCGUGCAUCGGCGAAAGGUUUGCCCGUGGGGAGUUGUUGUCGCUCGUGGCGCAGUUGGUGGGCCGGUUCGAGUGGAAGUUCAAGGGCAUCGGCCGAGCUGGGGACAAGCCCAUGCAGGUGGCGCACGCCGUCGUUGCUGGGCCGGUGGGCGGCGGUAUGACUUGCUAUGCGAAGCGCGUCGAUGGGUGGUGAGGUAGAGCGAGGAUUGGGUGAUGUGAUGUAGAGCCGUUAGAUUAUUAUCAACAGCCGUUCUGUCAAGAUCCUGCCUCCGGGGUCAGCUGUCUGGCAGGGCGCUGGGGGUUGCUGUUCUGCAAGAGAGGUAACGCCUAUGCAAUAACACUUCCAUUUUACUCUCGUUCUCUCUUUAGGGUUAUCGUAUCUCUAGGAAGAGAUACCAGUCUCUGCAAUUAAGUAACUAGUUCAAGUAGGAUAAAGAUUUGCACUGGUAGUAGUACGAGCAUGAUCAUAGAGAAGUGUUUCAGGACGAGGGAGAGCAGUAUAAUAAUAAGCGUGGUUAGUCUGC